AGCGUCCGCUCGGCCCUGGCGGCGCCGGGCGGCGGCGGCGGCGGCCCCGGCGGCGCCCGGCAUGUGCGAGACCUACUCGCGGUGGCUGCUGCGGGUGUCGGUGGCGCAGAUUUGCCAGGCGCUGGGCUGGGACUCGGUGCAGGUCUCGGCCUGCGACCUGCUCACCGACGUGCUGCAGCGGUACCUGCAGGGGUUGGGCCGGGGCUGCCACCGCUACUGCGAGCUCUAUGGCCGCACAGAUCCCAUUUUGGAUGACGUCAGUGAUGCCUUCAAGCUUAUGGGGGUUAACCUGCACGAGCUGGAAGAUUAUAUACACAAUAUUGAACCUGUCACCUUCGCACAUCAAAUCCCUUCGUUUCCCGUCAGUAAGAACAAUGUUCUACAGUUUCCCCAGCCUGGAAGUAAAGAUGCAGAAGAAAGGAAAGAGUACAUCCCUGAUUAUAUGCCACCCAUUGUCUCCUCUCAAGAAGAAGAGGAAGAGGAGCAGGUACCUACCGAUGGAGGAACAUCCGCAGAAGCCAUGCAGGUGCCACUGGAAGAAGAGGGAGAUAUGGAAGAGGAUGAGGCAAUUAAUGAUGAAAACUACCUGAGCAAGAGACCGUUAGAAAGUCCUGAUGCUGAGGAAUUUCCACCUGUGAAACGACCAAAAGUAGCUGUUUCUAAAGGGGACACCUUGGAUGGGGCUUUGGAACCACGUGAGCCUCUCAGUUCAAUAAAUACUCAAAAAGUGCCACCAAUGCUUUCUCCGGUUCAUGUUCAGGAUAGUACAGAUUUAGCCCCUCCUUCACCAGAACCGCCAAUGUUGGCUCCCAUUGCAAAAUCGCAGCUGCCAACCCCCAAAACAGUAGAGGCAAAGCCAUUUGCACCCAAAACAAAGUCAAAAACAAGUUCUCCAGGACAAAAGACAAAAUCUCCUAAAACUACUCCCUCGCCAGCGGUUACUGGAAGUCCCAUACGUUCACCAAAAAGUGGAUCCAAAGAAAAGAAGUCACCAGGUCGCGCCAAGAGCCCCAAAAGUCCUAAAAGUCCAAAGGUUCCUGCUCAAGUUCCCCCAGCACCUGUCAAGCCGGAAACACCAAGUAGAACCCCCCUGGCUGCGUUAAGUGACAAGAUAGGAAAGGAAAACAUUCAAGUAAAACAAGGGCAGAUGCCACCUGAGCCUGCCACCAAGCCAAUCGUUGAAAACCAGUCUAAGAAAGUAGCAGUAAUGGACAAGACAAUUGAUGAUUCAAUUGAUGCUGUGAUUGCUCGUGCAUGUGCAGAACGAGAGCCUGAUCCCUUUGAGUUUUCCUCUGGUUCCGAAUCAGAAGGGGAAAUUUUUACCAGUCCUAAAAGACUUUCUAUUUCAGAGACUACAACUCCUAAACCAUCUGUUUCUGCCAAUAACUCAAAUAAGGCAGGAGCAACACCAGUACCUCCCUCAGGUGGGACUUCAAGUUCAGACAUUUCAUGGACAAUGGAUGACUCGAUUGAUGAGGUCAUUCGAAAAGCAAACAUGGGGACACCUUCUAAUCCACCUACCAACUUCACUUAUUUCUCCUCUCCUUCUGCCUCACCACCAACUCCAGAACCUCUUCUCAAAGUCUAUGAGGAGAAAACAAAGUUGGCUUCAUCAGUAGAAGUGAAAAAGAAACUGAAAAAAGAGCUGAAGACAAAAAUGAAGAAGAAAGAAAAACAAAAGGAAAAAGACAAGGAGAAAAACAAGGAGAAAAGCAAAGAGAAGGAGAAAAGCAAAGAGAAGGAGAAAGAAAAGGAAGGAAACAAGGAAGGGAAAUUUCAGUGGAAGGAACUACUCAAAGAUGAUGAUCUUGAUCCCUAUAAAUUCAAACUAAAGGACUUUGAGGAUGCUGACAUAAAAGUAAAGUUGAAAGAUGGGAAUACAAAAAAAGAAAGAGAAAAACAUAAAGAUAAAAAGAAAGAGAAAGAGAAAGGCAAAAAAGACAAGGAUAAGAAAGACAAGGAGAAACUUAAAGAUAAAAGUAAGGAAGAUAAGAUAAAGGCUCCAUCAGCACCUCUUGUAUUACCUCCCAAAGAAAUGUCUUUGCCCUUGUUCAGCACACCAACUGCCAUGAGACUUCCCAGCAUGUUGCCUUCCUUGUCUCCAAUGCUUCCUGAGAAAUUGUUUGAGGACAAAGAGAAACCAAAAGAGAAGAAGAAAGACAAAAAAGAGAAGAAGAAAAAGAAGGAAAGAGAGAAAGACAAAGAAAAAGAAAAGAAGGAGAAGGAAAAGGAGAGGAAGGAACGAGAAAAGAAGGAGAAAGAAAAAGAGAAACACAAACACGAAAAGAUAAAGGUGGAACCAGUUGUUCCAGCUCCAUCCCCGGUUAUUCCUCGGCUGACGUUAAGAGUGGGUGCAGGCCAAGACAAGAUAGUCAUCAGCAAAGUGGUGCCAGCGCCCGAGGCUAAACCAUCUACACCCGCGAGUCGGCCCAAAACACCUCCGCCUGUGCCAUCACCGGUACCAGCACCUGUCCACGUCACCCCUCCUCCAGCUCCAGCUCCUCCACCACCACAAGCUACCGUCUCGCCGGUCCUGAUUCCUCCACCGUCCCCAGCUGUCUCUGCGGCAGGAGGCUCCAAAGCACCAGUGAGGAGCGUGGUAACAGAGACCGUCAGUACUUACGUGGUCCGCGAUGAGUGGGGUAACAAGAUCUGGAUCUGUCCUGGCUGCAACAAGCCAGACGAUGGCAGUCCGAUGAUAGGCUGUGACGACUGCGACGACUGGUAUCACUGGCCUUGCGUGGGGAUUACGACGGCCCCCCCCGAAGAGAUGCAGUGGUUCUGCUCCAAGUGCGCCAACAAAAAGAAAGACAAAAAACACAAGAAGAGGAAGCACCGGGCGCACUGAAGACGUCGGGGGCGGCUUUGGGUCGCAGAGUCGCCCCGGCACCUCGGCCCGUCCGUCGGCGAGCGCUGCGGGAGCGGGCGGCCGCUUUCGGCUGUUGCGUUUCGUCGGCUGUUGCGUUUCGUCGGCUGUUGCGUUUCGUUGGCUGUCCCGGCCCGGCGGGACGGGGUUUGGGGACGCUCCGAUGCCGCCUGUCACCGGCCGAGGGACGUUUGCACCGAGCGGCACACGAAGGCUUCACUCGUUCAUGGUACCGCUCCCUCUCCCGUGGCUCGGCAGCGCCGAAGAUGAAUGUUGUAAAUACAGAUAUCUGUUCUAUUUUUUUUUUUUAAUUUGUCCUUAAGCCCUCUUGAGCCUUUGCAGCAAGGUGCAGGGAGAAGAGGCAAAUGUAAAUGGCAGCAAGUCCGAGGAGACCUUCUGGAGUGAUUUGUGUAGUCUGGGUACAGUUCAGCCUCCGCUGCUGAGCCAGAUAAACAUAACGUGACGGGGGAAGUGGCUGGUAAAUAUUUUUGUGACGAGAAUAUAUGAAGCUUUUUUCCUUGAUUUUUAGUACUAACAUAAAAUAAACAUGUUCAAGCUUU